AGGAGGGAGGCAACUGAUGACCAAGUCCUGGGCGUGCAGAGCGCUGUAAGGAGUGUAUACUCAUAGCUGGUGGCUUGGGGGAGCUGGCAGCCCCAUUCGCUUUUCAGUGAAAGAAAGCACAGAUCCCGGUGUCCACUCGCCAGGAUGGCUAGGCGACCAGGGCUGUGUCGCUGCAUCCUCCAGCGGUGAGAGGAUGGUCUGGCCAAGGGAGCCACCUGCGGUGGGGUCACCAUCGUACUCGCAGGCAUUCUGCCAGAAGAUCGGGGUGACCUGUGUUGUGGGUUUCUCCCAGGAAGAGGCGCGGCUGCACCGGACACCCCAGGGAACUAGCGACCAUGCAACUUUUCCAGGUGCACGGAAAUACCUUUUCACCUUAUCCCAGACAGUCACCCAGAGGGUGGUAGGUGAUAGAAGACCCCGGGCUGCGUGGGUCUUCUAUCACCUACCCAAUUGCAGGGGUACUAGUUAGCACCGGGAGGGAACAGAGCACCUGGAAGGGAAAGGUAUCCCAGUGUGCCGAGACCCAGCCCAGCACUCGGAUCUCCGAGUUCUCACAGGACAGGUCCUGGCCUGGCGGCACCUGCUGCGCCCUAGUCACCUCUGUAUUCCUAACCUCUCUAAAUUACUACUCCCGAGCCCUGCAGGCUCUCCUUUCCAAGGAACUGGAGGAGGUAGGCUAAAAGGGUAGCAGAAGGGGGUGGGGACAGUAGAGAGACAGUCCCAGCCUUCCCCGCCCUCCACCCCCACCACAACUCAGCAGCCGUCACGUGGUACCCGGAGUGGGAGGGGUGGGGGCAGAAGAGGCGAGACUUUUUUGGGUGCCUGGGAUCGCCAGUAGUUCUUCAAGCCUCAGCAGCCAACUCCUCCGGAGGCGCUGCGCUCCGCCCCAGGGAGCGCGAACCCGAGGAGCCUGGGACCAGCCUCUGGGAGCCCCGGGCUCGGGCGAUGCGGGCGCCGCGGGCGACACCUGCGGCUCCUCUCGGUGGCAGCCGUCGCCUGGGCGGCAGCAUCGCAGCAACUUUUUGCGGAUUGUUCUGGCUUCCAGGGCUGGCGCUGCAAAUUCAGUGCUACCAGUGUGAAGAAUUCCAGCUGAACAACGACUGCUCGUCCCCUGAGUUCAUCGUAAAUUGCACCGUGAACGUUCAAGACAUGUGUCAGAAAGAAGUGAUGGAGCAAAGUGCGGGGAUCAUGUACCGGAAGUCAUGUGCGUCGUCAGCAGCCUGUCUCAUCGCCUCGGCUGGGUACCAGUCCUUCUGCUCCCCUGGGAAACUGAACUCCGUAUGUAUCAGCUGCUGCAACACUCCUCUCUGCAAUGGGCCGAGGCCCAAGAAAAGAGGCAGUUCUGCCUCGGCCAUCAGGCCAGGGCUUCUCACUACCGCCCUGCUCUUCAACUUAGCCCUCUGCUUGGCACACUGCUGAAGCUCAAGGAGAUGCCAACCCCUGCUGCACCAUCUGUCUGGCCCGCACUCUCACCUCCCUGAGUCUCUUCUGGGUGUCCUUUUAUUCUGGGUAGACAAAGGGGUCCUUUUGUUCCCUUUCAAGUAACGCAAGAUUGCCAUGCACAAACACUUUGUAAGCUCUGAAGCAAUUCAGUCUGAAUUUCCGUGUGUAGUUGAAGAAAAAGCAUAGCACGGAAAGCCCAGA